AUGUUUGCAUUACGACCACCUAAAAGGAGCUCUGAUUUAGAUCGAGAGUGCCCGUCAAUUACUCCAAACAUCCUCCCGUGCCGGAUCCAUCAUGACGGACCUGUCGAGAUAUCCACGAGAUAUUGGGAUCCGGUAUUCGACAGCAACAACCCCGUCGCUGCAACUGCAUACUUUCGCGGCAGAAAACUCAGAGGCAGAAGAGUUGCUAUUCCGGAGGGAUAUCAAGGGGUGCUUGCGAGUCAAACAGAUCGGAUUCUCGAAUCACAAACAUCAAAAUCAGGAAUCAACCGGGAUAAUAACCAUGACCGUACACGGGGCAAUUUCAAUGAAGAUGGGAAUGUGGAGGAGGAAGAAGAAGAAGAAGAUGAUGAUGAUGAUGAACCAGUGACGACGAUACUCGAGAAGGAAGGUACAUUUUCUGAGUUCGUGGUAUGGAAUCACCAAAAGUUGCCUGCGGCCGAUGACCCUUUUGUGAAAGGCGUCAGUGAGUGGAUUCAAUUUGCCGAGGCGAAACAGGUACAUCACGAACUACUUUUGUCAAUGGAAUUCACUUCAUUAUGGCAUAAGGAGGUAUUUGAUCAAUUUGCUAACUUUGAACGCGGGGCGCAGAUGCACCUAACACCAUCAGAUGAGUCGCAAAAACGUCAAGAGGAAACGAGCGGGGGGAAGGACGAAUCAAAAUCCUAA